GCUCAGCUAAUUCUCUCCGCUACAACUGGGCUACAUAUUCUUUCAUCUUUGACUUCGCCGGAAAAUCAAGAAAUGGCGGGAAAGAGCAAGAUUCUGAUAAUUGGUGGCACUGGGUACAUCGGAAAAUUCAUAGUGGAUACCAGCGCCAAAAUGCGUCAUCCGACCUUUGCUCUAAUGAGAGAAUCCACCCUCUCUAAUCCUUCCAAGUCCCAAAUCGUUCAGAACUUCAGGAACUCCGGCGUCACUCUACUCUAUGGAGAUAUCUAUGAUCAUGCAAGCUUAGUAAACGCCAUAAAGCAGGUGGACGUGGUAAUCUCUACCGUUGGCCGUGAGCAGUUGGCUGAUCAGACCAACAUCAUUGCUGCUAUUAAGGAAGCUGGUAAUGUCAAGAGAUUUUUCCCUUCCGAGUUUGGGAAUGAUGCGGAUCGUGUCCAUCCUGUCCAGCCUGCAAAAACCAUGUAUGAUGCCAAAGUUCGAAUUCGCCGCAUGGUUGAGGCUGAAGGAAUUCCCUUUACUUAUGUUGUAAACAAUUUUUUCGCUGGUUAUUUUCUGCGAACACUGUCACAACCAGGUGCUACUGCUCCCCCAAGAGAUAAAGUUGUUAUCUUCGGGGAUGGGAAUCCAAAAGCCAUUUACUGUAAGGAGGAAGAUAUUGCUAUCUACACUAUCAAAGCUGUUGAUGAUCCACAGACCUUGAAUAAGGUUCUCUAUGUGAGACCACCUCAAAAUACUAUUUCACUAAACGAGCUUGUAUCUUUGUGGGAGAAAAAAAUUGGUAAAACACUGGAAAGAACGUAUAUUUCUGAGGAGCAACUGCUGAGGAAUAUUCAAGAAGCUUCUUUCCCGAUGAAUGCGAUAUUGUCAAUCUUGCACACAGCAUAUGUGAAGGGAGAUCAUACCAAUUUCGAGAUAGAUAGUUCAUUUGGAGCAGAGGCAUCUGAACAUUUCCCUGAUGUCAAAUAUGCUACUGUGGAUGAGAUGCUUGACCAAUUAGUCUGAAAUUACUUGCUUGUUCCCUUUCCUCUGUGAUCCCUUCUCGACGCUUUCCAAGUUAUGAUGAUGAUGACCAAUUUCACGUGCUAAUCUUACCGGACCAUUAUUCCCUCCAGUUUUAGUACUAAAUCCAAUCUAAGAAGCUUGCUAUGAUAAAUCUUGUAUCUUUUUUUAAAAAUUUUUCUCCAAGUCUGUAAUGCUUGCUAUGAUUAAUGCAUGAUGGACACAGGUCACAAGGCUAGAAUUUUUUAAGGUUGUCAUAGACGGCCUUCCAUUUAAGGCUGGCCUAGAGCCUUGCCUAGUUACUAGUCACCGUGGCGUAAUUAUUAAAUGUAAUCAUGUGUUAAUUCA